AUUUUAGACACUUUGGAUCCGGGAGAAGGGAGAAGGAGAGAGCCGAGAGAGCUGAUGGAGUCGGAGCAGCUUCCAGCUGCAUGGUCUCUGCACGAUGAGGAAGCGGAGGUGGGCGGGGCCUCACCGCCAUUCAUGGGUGUGUCUGAAGACCUGGGAGGUGGUCCUUUAAUCCCCGUGACACAACAUAGAAAGGAUGAUCCGUGGUCAUGUGACAGCUCUGCGUCCUCCUCUGAAGACAGCGACGAUGAUGAUUCGAGGUGGAGGAAGAAAAAAAAGAAGAAGAAACUUAGGAAAAAGAAGAGCAAGAGAUCGAGUUCGUCAUCAUCGUCUUCCUCCAGUUCCUCGUCGGACAGUGACAGCAGUGAGGAAGAGAAGAAGAAGCGGAGGAGGAGGAGGAAAAGGAAACAGAACGCUGUGACGACAGCGAUACCUGAGUCAGGCCUCGUGCUGGAAAUUGUGUUAACGCCACUAAAACAGCAAAACGACGAGCGAGAGAUGAAGAAAGCAAAAAAAGACAGCACUAGAGAGAAGAAAAAGAAGAAAGACAAGAAGAAGCGGAGGCAAAAGAAAAAGAAGAAGAAGAACAAAAAGAAUAAAAAGAAAAAGAAGGAUUCCAGCUCGUCUUCCUCCUCCGACAGCUCGUCAUCCGAUAGUGAAGAUCAGGACAAGAAGAAGAAGAAGAAGAAGAAGAAGAAGAAGAAGAAAAAGAAGAAGAAGAAGAGAAUGAAGAAGGACUCAUCGUCUGACAGCUCCAGUGACGAUGAAAAGAAGAAGAAGAAGAAGAAGAAGAAAGACAAGAAAAGAAAGAAGAAAAGAAAGGAGAUGAAGAAAAAGAAAAAAUACUCGAGCUCCAGCUGCAGUUCUUCCUCGAGCGAGAGCGAUGACGAGAAACUGAGCCGGAAAUUAAAGAAAGAGGAACCGUGGGGCGAUGACGCUGCGAGAGACGAGGGGUUAUUACGGGGCGAGCUGGAGGGAAGGGCUGAAGCGGCGGCUGAUGAUUGGACAGCAGCUUCACCAGCAUUCCCUGCGGCCUGCGAGGCUGAGAGGACCGGUGGGAUAUGUGACGAUGGUGAAAGAGGAGAAGAAGAAAAGAAAGGGAAGCUGAAGAAAAAGAAAAAGGAUUCUGCUUCAUCUUCAGAAUCGUCGUCCUCCUGUUCAGACAGUUCCUCCUCAGACAGCGAGGAUGACAAGAAAAAGAAGAAGAAGAAAAAGAAGAAGAAGAAGAAGAAGAAGAAGAAGGACUCGAGCUCUUCAUCUUGCUCCUCAUCCUCUUCGGAUAGUGAGGAUGACAAGAAGAAAAAGAAGAAGAAGAAGAAAAAGAAGAAGAAGAAGAAGAAGAAGAAGAAGGACUCGAGCUCUUCAUCUUGUUCCUCAUCCUCUUCAGAUAGUGAGGAUGACAAGAAGAAGAAGAAAAAGAAGAAGAAGAAGAAGAAGAAGAAGAAGAAGAAGGGGAAAAAGAAGGCCAGCGGCUCUUCAUCUUCAUCGGACAGCGAGGAGGAACGGAAGAGGAUGAAGAAGAAAAAAAGGGGAAAGAAGAAAAAGCGCAAAUCCAAGAAGAUGAAGAAGAAGGGUUCCAGUUCUCCUUCUCCUCACGAUGUUGAUGAAAAUAAAGAAAAGCAGGAAGACUUAAAGAAGGUGGAAGUGAAGGGAGAAGAUCGGGAUGGACGGAGCGACGCAACGGGAGGAGUAGAGGACGGAGAAAGAUACGAUAUGUUCCCAGACGAUCCUACACGUGGCGUCUUUACUGAGGGGGCGGAGUCUCAGGGGGAGGGCUCCAGGGGCACCUGGAGGGGCGGAGCUUUAGGCUACAAGUCUCACCUGGACACCGAGAGGAACAGCGACGAGUCACAAUAUCAGAUGUUGAACGAGAAUGAAUUGUGAUUUCUUUUUUUAAAAAAAACAUUUUGCUUUUUAUAAUUCAGAGUAAAAAAUCAUUCAUAUGUUCAGUUUAUCUCACACUCUAAAGAUUCGAGUUUAGAUUUGAUUCAGGCGAUUCACUUGUUUAACUUGUUUCGUUUUCCGGUACACAAUCACAGGUUUUGCAUUAGGAACGGGUUUCUUUAUGUCAGAGAUUUCAGAUGUGUUUUUUUUUUCUUUUUUUUUUGCUUCAUGGAGCAUGAAAUUCUGACUUUUUUUUUUGCUUAAGUUGACGUUUUAGACGCUAGUUCAGAUUUCAGAUUUGAUCGAAUGCGCACAAAGGGAUAAAAUGACGAAUAAGGACAAAUUAGAUCUGAAAGUUUUGUUGACAGUUUGCUUUUAGCGAAUAAAAUCGGAAAUGUUUGGUAGUCGUAAGGAAGCUAUAUUUAUCGCGGAAAUCAUUUCAUCCCGUUUCUUUGAUCAGUCUGGAUAUUUCUGCAGAAAAUGUUUUCAUUUCGAAUCCCAUUUUAAUAACUUUUCAGAUAAUAAAACGGCAAGAGUGAUGAAAUGAAAACCUGAAAACCGCGACAUUACAACCCAGUCUAAAAUUUUAUCUAGAAGAAUCUAGAAACUCUUGCAUUGACAGAAAUAGAGAUUAUGAAAAACGAUACACUUUGGGGACACUCAUUCGCAAUAAACAACCACAACAACAAAAUAAGCUUUUCAUUUGAUUCACCUUUGUAUUAAUCAGCUGGCAUAAAGUGAGAUUUGUUUUUCUUUUUUUUUUGCUUUUUUUUUUGCUUUUCAGUAAAAAAAUGAUUUCAGGCUGUUUAGGAUUUAAUGGCACAGAAAUGCAUGGACAUUAAGUCUUAAUUGACUUAUUCCAAAUAAAAAUAAAAAACAAUAUGAGCUUUA